CUCUGGAUUUCGCGACUCGUAGUCGUCGUAGCCACAGGUACACAGCCAUCGGCUUCCCGAAUCGCCGGACGUCCGGGAAAACUGUUGCGUUUACCGCCGUCGUCACCGAAAUAGUUCAAAAUGAGUGGUUCUGGAAAAAGUCUUCUUGGUCUUUGGCUUUACCGAACUGGAGAAGAUUGGACUCUGAGAGAGGCAUCUCCACCAGCUUCGAGACCUGCAGUGAGUGGUCGACCAGAUCCAACGAGAUUCGAUUCAAGGAACUCUGUAAUAUUCUCAUUGAAAAAUCGGGUUGGUGGACUUGCUCAAGCACUUCAAGUUUUUCAAGAUUUGGGUGUAAAUGUGUUGCACAUUGAAUCUAGACCAUCCCGCCGUAGAAAAUCAGAGUUCGAAAUUCUGGUAGACGUGGAAUGCGACAAUAAAAAAAUGGAGCAGUUGACUGGGAUGUUGAAGCGUGAGGUUGCAGCUAUAAAUUUAGCUACGUAUGAGAGUGGUGCCGAAGUACCACCUCCUACUCCGAUGUCAGCGACGGCUAGUUUUGAUUUCUCAGAGUUUGAGCUUCCGUGGUUUCCGAAAAAAAUUUCUGACUUAGAUAAAGCUCAACGAGUUCUAAUGUAUGGAACGGAGUUAGAUGCUGACCAUCCAGGAUUUAAGGAUCCGGUGUAUCGGAAAAGGCGUGUAGAAUUCGCACACAUAGCGAACUCUUAUAAAUAUGGACAUCCAAUACCAAGAGUUCAGUACACGCCCGAAGAAAUCAAGACUUGGGGUACCGUGAUGCGUGAACUUCACAAACUGUACGUGAAGCACGCGUGCAGGGAGUACUUGGAGAACUGGCCGGAUCUGGUGAAGUACUGCGGUUACCGAGAGGACAACAUUCCGCAGUUACAGGACGUAAAUACAUUCUUGAAACGCAAAACCGGAUUUCAGUUGCGACCUGUGGCCGGAUACUUGUCCCCGAGGGAUUUCCUCUCCGGGCUGGCUUUCCGCGUGUUCCAUUGCACGCAGUAUAUGAGGCAUUCGUCGGAUCCGUUCUACACACCGGAACCGGAUUGUUGCCAUGAGCUGUUGGGCCACAUGCCACUGUUGGCCAAUCCCACGUUCGCACAGUUCUCGCAAGAACUGGGUCUCAACUCGUUGGGAGCCAGUGACGAGGACGUUGAAAAGUUAGCAACGCUGUACUUCUUCACCGUGGAAUUCGGAAUGUGCAAACAAGAUGGUGAACUAAAAGUUUACGGGGCUGGGUUGUUAAGCUCGGUGGCGGAGUUACGGCAUGCGAUUGAAACCAACGAUAAAUUACAGCGAUUCGAUCCCGAAGUUACGUGUCACCAAGAAUGCAUCAUAACAUCGUACCAAAAUGCCUACUAUUAUAGUGAGACAUUUGAGGAAGCUAAAGAAAAAAUGAGAGAAUUUGCGGACAGCAUUCAAAAACCAUUUGGCGUGCGUUACAACCCUUACACGCAGAGCGUGGAAAUCUUGAGCAAUACGGACAAGAUCGUGGCUUUAGUGUCGGAACUCAGAGGUGACUUGUGCAUCGUAAGCAACGCACUGAGGAAAAUUCACGCCGAAGACGAAGCGGUGGAGAACAUCAAUAAUAUGUUGCACAAAGGAAUGAACGUGAGCGGAGUUUCGCCGGAAAAGUCCCCCGAGAAGUAAAGGCGUCCGGAGGACUCUAUUGGAGGAUCGUACAUUAAUUGCUUUGCGAAUAAAAUAUAAUUAUAGUCAGUCACUUUUUCAAUAAAAAAAAAAUAUUAGCCAACGGAUUUAUUAGAUACACUUAAGACAUUAUGUCGACUUAAAUCAUAGUCGUAGUGAGCGAUUAGAAACGCGAAAUUAUUAGUUUUAUCGGUAUUAUAUUAUUAUUAUAAUAGUCGACUGUAGUUUUUUGUCCUCGGAAUGAAAUAUUUAUGACGCGUAGUUAGAUUUUUCUUGGCUUUAUUUUUUAGACACUUCGCACUGUGCGUGCGUUAAAAUCAAUCGAACGAUCGUUAUAAUAUUAUUAUUGUGCUGCGCAGUUUUCUCGUUAUAUUAUUAUUAGCCGUUUAGACGGUUCGGUUGUACCCGAAACCUUUAGAUGUGUCCACGUAGGAUAGAUGAAUUGACGGCAAACUAUAUUAUAGUUCCGUACUUCCGUAGACGAGUUGCCUACUACAAAUAACAGGUUAUUGUUAAAACAGAAUUAUAGGGAUUUUGGAAAAGCAAUAAAUAGAAUUGAUUAAUGAUUAUAUUUUUGUCGGCAGUCAGCGAGGAGCACUCGAGUGUUUAAAAUAUACUUUACACAUAAGUUUGUAUUUUGGUGCAACCGGAUAUAAAUGCAAUGUUUAAAUUAUAUUCAUAUUUAAUUUGUUAAGUCGUUCUAUAAUGUUAUUGAUUGUGUUACCUUCCGAUUAUGUUGUUAAGAACUGAGUUGCAUUAAUCAAACACGAUUGCAAAUCAACUAACCAUAAUAUUAUAUUAACAUACUUGUGCGUAGUAAUAAAUAAUUACGAAAACAAUAUAUUAAGUUAAUACCUAUCAAUAUCAUAUAAUCGGGUAGUUAGUUUUUAUUUGUAUCAAUAACUAUAUACGAUUAUGUUUAGAAUUUAAAUGUUUAACGUCAAGUUAUGUGUUUAUUUAUAUUAGAAAUUAAGGAAUGCUUUGUUUCAUUAUAUUAUAUAAACAUACCUAAUAUCAUAAAUAUAUUUAUCUGGUAUAAGUACUUUUGAAUGUCCAGUAAUAUCGUAAUAAAAUAUGUAUAAUCAAUAUUAGGUGUUACCUGUGAAAAAUACUUUACAAUGUUACAAUAUUUACCACUAAACUAUGGUUAUAAAGUUUUUCCGUUUAGAAAACAGUCUAGAGUAAGUUGUAGUAUUGAUUAUAAAUACUUUGAAUUUAUAAUUUAUUUAUUACCUACCAAAAUUGUUGUAUCCUAUUUAUUCUCUACAAUAAAACAAAAAAAAAACCACCACCAAACUCCGUAUAAAAAAACGGUUCUAAUCAGUUGCGUAAUUAGGAAUUUGUCCUGGGGGGGAUAUACAUUUUUUUACACACAAAAUAUAAAAUUUUCUAGUACAUUGGUGAGUAUAUAAUAUUAUGAAGGCUCUGUGGGGGGAGAGAUCUAUCCCCCUCAUCCCCUCCCCUAAUUACGCCCCUGGCUCUAAUACUUGUGAUAACCUUUGUAUAGUUAAGUCUUUGAACUAUAGAUAAUAUUAUUAUUAAUUAAUUUAAUAAUAACAUUCAUAAGCCUAUACCGGCGUAGUGUAUAGACAAUUUCAGUACAUUGGUGUGUAUAUUUUACUACGGUGGUAUUCGAUCGGUUAAUAGGUUCAAGGGAUCAUAAUAUUAUUAUGAGCUCGGAUAAAAAUUAUUUAAAAUGUCGUUAUUCACGAGUUCGGGGAAAAAAAAAAAACAUUGUUUGGUAUUCACAAAUUGUUUGAAAU